UUUUAGUAAAUGAAUUGAAUUUGAAGUAAAUUUAUGGAAACAUUUGAAUAAUGAUUAGUCUAUUGAAUGCUAUAUUUAUUUCAAUUCAUUUACAAAAUAGCAUUCAAUUGAUGACUUGAUUUGUUGUCAUUAAGUGAUUGUUAGACCACUUGUUAUACUAUUAAUUGAUUGUUUGACGCCAUGAGUCUUGUCUUGAAUUCAACGAUUGAUAGCCAAAUUGUGGCCAAAACAUCGGCAAUUAGUUGCAGUCAAUCGCCGAGAACUGAAUUGUAUAAAAAUAAAGAGAAGUGUCAAAAGCAAUUAAGACGAAGACGUAGUGAAACUGUUGUUGAACUGAGAAAACAAAAGAAGGAAAACAUUUGCGACCAAAGAAGGAGUAUUUCAGUUCUUGAUUAUUGGUCCGAUGAAACCAUUAAUGAUGAAGAAGACGAAGAGCUAAUGGCACUAAAUAUAAAUGAAGUGCUCAUGACUUUGACUGUGGCCAACGUUUCAGACAUAUCACCGAAAUAUAUAAAAUAUUUGCGACAAUUUAUACAAAAUAGUAGAGAACCGCAAAACCUUGAGAGUUGUGAACAGAAAGUGGAACAGAUUCUAGUCGUUACUCAAGUGAUGACUGAACUGUUAUCCGACAAAAUGGUGACGAAAUUAAUUAUUUGUAUCAAAAGUGAUGACUCUUCAAUGGCUCUUCUCCAAGAAGUAUUAUCACUAUUGGCUCUCAUAUGUUCCUAUGGUAAGGAUGAGGUGAUAGUGUUGGUCAAAGCCGGUAUAGUUAAUGAUUUACUGUCACUAUUAAAAUACGAUAAUUUUAAAGUUAUCGACGAAGCAGUUUCUGCUCUGACAUUCAUUUGGGAUUCUUGUACUGAAAUGCAAGACUUGAUUACUAACACGAAUUUCCUUAAAUCAGUAACUGAUUUGAUUGAUUCAGAAGCGUCAGUGAGUCCAUCAAAGUUAGUGAAAAAUGAUCCGAGAAUAUCGUUAAUGCGGACCAUUUCGUGGUCACUCUUAACUUUGUGUCAAAAUCGAAAUCUUAGAUCAUAUCUAUUGGCACACAAUUUGAUUUCCUAUUUUCAGAAACUUCUUCAUUAUUUUGAUGAUAAGGUUAAGACAUAUGUCUUAAAAGCACUUUCAGCCACUACUGAAAGGAUUGCCGCCAUUAGCGAUGAUAAUUUGUCUCCAGUUCUUAAGAUUAUUCAUUCAAUUGUUAGUAAUAUAACACUCUUCGAGUCGAUUAUACAGCUUUUAUUGGCAAACGAUAACAAUAUAGUAUUUUAUGCCAUCCGUAUAAUUGGUAAUAUUAUAUCGUGGGGCGAAUCAUACACACAAAUUGCAAUUCAGGCCAAAAUAUUGGACAGAUUUAAUUGUUUACUGAAUCAUCAAAACUCGAAAGUGCAGAGAGAGGCCGCGUAUACUGUCUCUAACAUAAGUGCCGGAAAUUAUUGUCAAAUACAAGCUAUUAUUGAUUCAAAUCUUAUGCCGGCAAUUGUUGAACUCCUAUAUAUGGGUGACUACCGAACUCAAGUAGAAGCAGCACAUGUAUUGCUCAACAUUACUUCAGUUGGAUCAGCUCAACAAAUUGCUUAUAUUAUCAAUAUUGAUAAGAAAGUUGAAAAUAUGGACUCAGUUGACGCAAUGGCCACUUUGUUGACAGCAGUUGAUGUCAAAACAAUUAAUAAUUGUUUGAAAUUUUAUGAUAACAUUUUGACUUUUGCUAAACGAAUAAAUAUAUUAAACGAAGUGAUAAAAAAAUGCGAAAUCUCUUCAGUUGUCUAUUACAUUGAAGAACUGCAAAAUAACAGAAACACUGAUUUGGCUAAUUUGGCGACACAUCUGAUGGAUGAAUACUUCUCUAAAGAUAUAUCACUUGAAGAAGAAAUGUUAUUAAAUACUAGUCUCAACUCCGAUGAUAUGAUAUCUGAACAGAAUUUUUCAUUUUGA